AUGGUUAUUUAUCUUGGGGCUUUCACAGGCAGAUACUUCCUGGACCUUAGAGAGUUCAUGAUCAAGGUACAAGCAUUGUUUUCUGAGAUUUAUGGAGAAGUUUUCAAUGUCCAGUCACCUAGCGAGGAGGAAGGCAGAAAGUUUUUUGAGGACUUGCUUGUCCAGCAAGCUGCUAAGCCUGCGGUGCCACCAAAGAAAGCAGCUGCCUGCAGACAAAAGCGAAGGAGGAGCACAUCACCCUCAGAGAGCCUAGCAGAGAAGAGGCGGAAAUGUUCACCGCGUGCUGAGACGGAGGCCAGCAUCUGUCUCUGGCACCUGCUGAAUGUCGCUGGCAAGGCAACAAGGGACUGCAACAUCCGCCACCUUGAAAAACUACACCUGGUGCUCAGCCAGUGCGUUUACCGCCAUCGGCAAGACGAUGACAAAACGCGGUUAAUAGAGGGCCAUCACAGGCCAGUGGACACCAAGAAGGGGAAGCUGGCCAAGAUGCUCACUGGGAGUAUGACCUUCGGCCCAGGAACACUGCUGUUCAGUAUCAAGAGCCUUUGCAACGUGGGUUACGUGCACCUGUCCUCAGAAGACGAUGAAGAGCCAGAAGAGGAUGAUGGCAAGGAUACUCCAAAGCCAUCUGACCUCAGGCAAACAGCUGAAGACACUCAAGCCCCACUGGAAGGGGCAACACAAGAAGGUGAAGGCCGAGAAGGGGAAGAUGGCAAAGAUCCCUGCAAGAGGUGGAAAGCCCCUUUCUCUUUCUCCUCCGUUCACAUCAGGUGUCUUCCCCUAAACUCUGGGAAAGAUGAAUUCAAGGGAAAGCACGUGGAUGGAAGGAAGACUGGAACCACCCCGCCGGAAGCUGAUCCAGUGCACACUGAGAGUUCGGUACGCUUUGAUGGUGUGGGUGGUCUCUCUCACCACAUUUCAGCCUUGAAGGAGAUGGUCCUGUUUCCACUGCUUUACCCAGAAUUCUUUGAGAGAUUCCAAAUCCGGCCCCCCAGAGGCUGUCUGUUCUAUGGCCCACCAGGCACUGGAAAGACACUGGUGGCUCGAGCGCUCGCAAACGAAUGUAGGCAGGGAGACAAGCAAAUAGCGUUCUUCAUGAGAAAAGGUGCCGACUGCCUCAGUCAAUGGGUAGGAGAAUCCGAGCGACAGCUGCGCUCAUUAUUUCAGCAGGCCUAUGAGAUGCGGCCUUCGAUUAUUUUCUUCGAUGAGAUCGAUGGUCUCGCCCCUGCGCGCUCCAGUCGCCAAGACCAGAUUCACAGUUCUCUUGUCACAACGCUCCUGGCACUUAUGGAUGGCUUAGACAGCAGAGGAGAGAUCGUGGUCAUUGGAGCCACCAACAGGCCAGACUCCCUGGAUCCUGCUUUACGAAGGCCUGGACGCUUUGACAGGGAGCUCCUUUUCACCCGGCCAAACAAAGAGGCUCGCAAAGAGAUUUUCCAGAUCCACACGAGAGACUGGAGCCCUAAGCCACCGGACGCGCUGCUUGAUGAGCUUGCUGAGAAAUGCGUCGGAUACUGUGGGGCUGACAUUCAGUCCCUCUGCGCUGAAGCUGCCCUCUGCGCUUUGCAUCGACGCUAUCCCCAGAUCUACACAAGCAGUCAGAAGCUGCAGAUCGAUGUUGCUGCCAUUGAAAUCACAGCAACAGACUUUCUCGUGGCUAUGCGGAAGACUGCACCAGCUUCACAGAGGGCUGUGGCUUCCCCUGGACAACCACUGUCACCCAUUUCCAAGCCACUGCUUCAGAACACGCUGGAGAGGCUCCUAAAAGGCGUGCAGAGGGUGUUUCCCCACGCAGCGCUUGCACUCAAGAAGGACCGACAGCCAGAUGGUACCAAUCAUUUCUUAGAAAAUGCCUGCAUGGACAGUGAUGAGGAGUCACCUUCUGGUCUUGAAGAUGAGCCGUUUCAUCCACGGCCUGGCCAGCAAGAGCAUACCUUCCUUAGCUGUAGCAGCAAUGCUUGUUGCCAGCCAGCAUGUCACAGGCCCAGGUUCUUAAUUGCUGGAGAGCCCGGAUACGGGCAAAGUUCUCACCUGGCGCCUGCACUAAUACACGCGCUGGAGAGGUUUCCGGUUCAUGUGCUGGACCUGCCCGCUCUCUUUGCUUGCAGCACCUCACCCGAAGAAAGAUGCACACAGUUGAUCUGGGAAGCCCAGCGGACAGCACCGAGCAUCAUUUAUAUUCCACAUAUCCAUGCCUGGUGGGAGGCUGCUGGAGUCACCUUGAGAGCUACGCUCACAACAUUACUAGAGCACAUUCCAGCAUAUGCUCCAGUGCUGUUGCUCGCUACAUCGGAUGUCUGCCAUGCAGAUCUCCCGGAAGAGGUACAAGCAUUGUUUUCUGAGAUUUAUGGAGAAGUUUUCAAUGUCCAGUCACCUAGCGAGGAGGAAGGCAGAAAGUUUUUUGAGGACUUGCUUGUCCAGCAAGCUGCUAAGCCUGCGGUGCCACCAAAGAAAGCAGCUUGUCAGGCACUGGAAGUCCGGCUUGUGCCAUUACCACCUGAGCCUCGACUGCUGACAGAGGGGGAAGAGAGGCAGCUUGAGGAGCAAGGGGAUGAGACACGGCCAGCGGUGCCUGGAGAUUCCAGUACACCCCUCUCUGCUGCUGCCUGCAGACAAAAGCGAAGGAGGAGCACAUCACCCUCAGAGAGCCUAGCAGAGAAGAGGCGGAAAUGUUCACCGCGUGCUGAGACGGAGGCCAGCAUCUGUCUCUGGCACCUGCUGAAUGUCGCUGGCAAGGCAACAAGGGACUGCAACAUCCGCCACCUUGAAAAACUACACCUGGUGCUCAGCCAGUGCGUUUACCGCCAUCGGCAAGACGAUGACAAAACGCGGUUAAUAGAGGGCCAUCACAGGCCAGUGGACACCAAGAAGGGGAAGCUGGCCAAGAUGCUCACCGGGAGUAUGACCUUCGGCCCAGGAACACUGCUGUUCAGUAUCAAGAGCCUUUGCAACGUGGGUUACGUGCACCUGUCCUCAGAAGACGAUGAAGAGCCAGAAGAGGAUGAUGGCAAGGAUACUCCAAAGCCAUCUGACCUCAGGCAAACAGCUGAAGACACUCAAGCCCCACUGGAAGCCAGAAUCCCCUUCCACAAACUGUCAUUAGACAGUUUCAUCGUGAAGUACAAAACUGUCCACCUGCCCUUCUUCAUGCUUGGAUAG